AGCUGCUGCAGGCGGGGCCAGUGGCUGCCCUUGCCCGGCAGCCCCGGCGCGGCACAGCCCCGCAGCCAUGGCAGAGGAGCACAGCCAGGAGGAGAGGAUCAUCAUCAAGGACCAGCACACCAAGGAGAUCGACCUGGUCAACAGGGACCCCAAGCACAUCAACGAGGACGUGGUGAAGGUGGAUUUUGAGGAUGUGAUAGCCGAGCCCGUGGGGACGUACAGCUUCGACGGCGUCUGGAAAACCAGCUACACCACCUUCACCGUCAGCAAGUACUGGUGCUACCGGCUGCUCUCCGCCCUCCUGGGCAUCCCCCUGGCCGUGGUCUGGGGCUUCCUCUUCGCCCUCAUCUCCUUCUGCCACAUCUGGGCGGUGGUGCCCUGCAUCAAGAGCUACCUGAUCGAGAUCCAGUGUGUCAGCCGGAUCUACUCCCUCUGCAUCCACACCUUCUGUGACCCGCUCUUCGAGGCGCUCUCCAAGAUCUGCACCAACAUCCGAGUUGCUGUCCGGAAGGAGAUUUAGGUCCUGGCAGCUGCCCUAAAGCCCUGGCACAGCGCCCUCAGUGCAGGCCCCUGUCCUUGGGCACAGGGACACCUGUGGCACGGGAACUGUGCGUCCUGGCAGGACCUGCAGCAGAGCCGGCCCUCAGGAUGCUCUGUGCACAGGGAGCAGGCCAGGCUGCUCCUUACUCCUCCCCAAGGCACGAGCCUUAGGAGAAGCCCAUCAUGGCUCAGGGAACAGCCCAGAGAGGCCCCUCUGUCCCCCAGGACCCCCGGCAGCUCCUGUGGAGGGCCGGCAGCACCUCCUGGGCUGCAGCCCCGGGCACAGCCUGCGGUGCCGGGCGGGCAGCGGGGCUGCAGAGCUGCUGCUGCCACUGACCAAACCCUGCCCGCUGCCCGCCCCUCCGGGCUGGGCUGGCACUGACACAGACUCCCUCACAGCAGUUAUUAUUUGUGGCAAACAAUUGCUGUGGUGGGAGCUUCUGCAUUAAACCGCUGCACAAAACUUCUAGGGAUAGCACAGCUAAACCAAACUCUUGUUUUCAUGUGUGCUUGCAUUUCAGCCAAGCUGUGAGAGGCAGACCAGUGCAUGCACGGCAUGUUGUGUCUGCUCUGAGAGCAUGAGCUGAUCCUGGGCCACCGCCAGCUGCAAACCCGCCUGUGGCACUCUGGUGCUCAAUUAUGUGUUUAAUUGCGGAGCAUCGUUAAUGCCGCGGGCGGGGUCCAGGGCAGCGCAGGGGGAGCCGGCCCUGAGCACUGCGGCUGCGGAGGGCAGGGGCGACACAGGGCUUGGGAACCUCACCCGAGAGAGGUGAGGUUCCAAGAGAGCCAAGCUGGGCUCUCAGCAAAGCUCAGUUCGCUUCUCGGGACAGCCUCCAGUGCACACGGGUUCGGUCAGUGCCGAGCG